AUGUCUUCAAAAUACGAGGAAAAUAUUAUUUUGCCUAACGGUAAAACUGUUAAAGUUAUUACUUCUGUAGUAGAAGCAUCUGAAAAAGAUGUUGAUAUCGCUGUUGAAGCUGCAACGAAGGCUUUUAAUGAGGAAUGGAUUCAUAUGGAUGGUCAUAAGCGUGGAAGAUUAUUGAAUAAGCUUGCUGAUUUAAUUGAACGUGAUAUCGAUGAAUUAGCUGCUCUUGAAUCAUUGGAUAACGGUAAAGCUUUUACAAUAGCAAAGUCCGCAGAUCUUCCACUUACAAUUGCCGUUUACAGAUACUUUGCCGGAUGGUGUGACAAGAUCCACGGCAAGGUUAUUGAGACUGAACAUGAUAAAUUUUGCUAUACGCGUCAUGAACCAAUUGGUGUUGUUGGUGCAAUUAUUCCAUGGAAUUUUCCACUUCUUAUGCAAUCUUGGAAAUUAGCUCCAGCCUUAGCAUGCGGCAACACUGUAGUACUUAAAUCAUCUGAAUAUACUCCUUUGAAUGCCUUAAAAGUUGCUGCCUUAUUUAAAGAAGCUGGGUUUCCAAAAGGUGUCGUUAAUAUUCUGUCGGGAUUUGGUCCUACAGCCGGUGCUGCUAUUGCCAAUCAUAUGAAAAUCGAUAAAGUCGCUUUUACAGGAUCGACCGCUGUAGGAAGAUCUAUAUUAAAAGCUUCGGCAGAUAGUAACUUGAAAAAGGUUUCCUUAGAAUUAGGUGGAAAAUCACCAAACAUUAUAUUUGCAGAUUCUGAUCUUGAAGUGGCAGUUAAAUGGGCAUAUCAAGGAAUUUAUUUCAAUCAUGGUCAAUGUUGUUGCGCUGGUUCACGAGUUUAUGUCGAAGAUUCUAUUUAUGAUAAAUUCGUUGAGAAGUUUAAAGCAUAUUCUGAAAGCAUGAAAAUUGGUGAUCCUUUUCAUAAUGACACAUUUCAAGGCCCUCAGGUUUCUCAACGACAAUUUGAUAGGUAA